GGGUUUUCUGGGGGUAGGGGGAGGAGCGGAGAGGACGCCUGAAUGUGACUGAAGCGGAGAUUGCAGUGCAGAUUGUUUAGCUGUCACUGUAACUACUCUAACACGACCCAGCCAGGCAAACGAGCACAUUCCAUUCCUUUUAAUAUUAUGGGAUCAACGAAGAAAUGUUUUCGCCGUCUGCAGUCGGGUUUUCGACAGUUUGAAUUGGACGCAAACAAUAAGUCGAAAAAGAGGGAAGAAAACAAAAAGAAAAAGAGAGGAGAAAAAAAGAUCAGUCUGUAAGCGAUGCUAUAAAAUGUAAAUAUAACUAAGCCUGGCGCGAUUUUUUUGUAUUUUGGUCUCUGUGUGGUGGACUCAAAUAAAAGCCCGUCUGGCCACAACUUUUUAAAGUAGGGCCGGUGGGUUUCGCGUGUCCCGAGUAUUCAUUUUUCACGGUGCAUUUUCGUUCGGACCUGCGUUGGCGAAAAUCUGCUCUUUUUCAGUCCUCAUUGCAUUUAGCGUGCUCUGUGCUUGUUUGCUGGUGCUCCCUCCGUUUUUAACUCUAUUCGCACUGAGUGAAAAAAAAACCACCCACCACUUUUUGGUGUGGUUUUGGUUGGGUUUUUUUUUUCUGGAGAAGACUGGCUUUCAGGAAAUACACGUUUCUGAAAUGACCUCCCAAACCAUGCAGCUAGUGAGCUGUAAUUCUACCAGGUGUGUUUAUGGAUUAGUCGGGCUGAAGAGGUUAAGGAAGUUGGGGGGGGGGAGAAAAUUGGAGGCAAUCAACAUCUGAAUGUGAAAGUCCAGCUGAGACUGUGAACAAUACAAACUAUUGUGGAGAGAUGUUUUAACUCACUACUGUUUUAUAGGUAUCGUAAUCUGCCCCCGGAAAUGAGACAAAUAGUCUCCCAACACCAACAAAACUCUCCUUUGAAAGCUACUUUAGGAAACGGGGCUCAUACGAAUGUCACUUUCCGUCAGAGCGCGUUUAAAAUUAGGCUAUUCAAUCUGUUGUAAUGGGCGCGGAUUAUGAGUAAACACAUCUUGGAAUGAACAACCUCCUGUUAUCUCCAGGAACUGGAGGGUUACGGCUGAAUUAAAAGCGUCUCAGCGAAUUUCAUCAGCACUGUUACUGAUGAAACUGUUACUGAAUGUUACUGUCCCUGCCCUGGGCCAAGAAUUAUAUUUCCGCUAUGGGGUAACUGCCACGUUGAAAAAUGAAGAUGGAAAUGUUUGUUUCAUGGAUUUUUUUUUUCCUCCCUCUCCUAAAGACACGCAUCCGCGUUUAAUCAAAUUAUUCGGCGCACCAACGAAACCGAUUGGCUUCUGCUGACUCAUUAGCGGGGCCGUAUUAAUUAGGAAUAGUCCUACUGGCUCGUUUUUGAAUUUGAAUGUUUGAUUCCUUCGGCUCGACUCUGGCGGGGGGGACUCGGGGAAGGAGAGACACGUGGAACUUUAUCUCGGCUGCUCGGGGGGCGCCGGGAGCCCGCCCAGCCCUUCCCGGGGCCUUCUCGGGCACUUGGUGCAAAAGAAAGAUCCCCUCCCCAGAAGGCCACCGUUUCCUGCCCCAGCCACGACCUCGGCGUUAAUUAUAGGGGUGUUCAUUAUAAUACGAGACGUCUUCCACGCAGGACGCGUUAGCCUCUCUCACAAAAGCUGGGUUCGGUGCUGGGGCGGGCUCCCCGAGCUCCGAAGGGAAGCCUCAGCGGAGGGGCGAUUUCCGAAAAGAAAGAAAAAAAAAAAAAAGACCCCAAAACCCGCCCAAAAACUCCUGGAUGCCGUUGUGGCAUCGCGGUGGGAAACGGCGGGAGGCCGGGCCGCCCCCCCCCAGCCCUCCGCUCCCCGUUUCAGGUGCUCCCUCCGCUCCAAACGCCCUCCCUCCCCCCCCCCCCGCCCGCCCCCGCAGCAUCCACCGCCGUCGGAGUGACCGGGGUCGGCUCGCCCACUCUCCCUGCGGGGCCGAGCGGCUCCCCUGGGGGCGACGCGCCUGUCGUGGGGCCGCCAACUUUUAAGGCCGCCCCCCUACACACACCUCCAGCCGCCGGGGGUGGUGGGGUGGGGGGUGUCCCCCCAUCCGCCGCUGUCACGCUGCCCGCGCUGCCUGCUCCUACCGGGAACCACUAUUAUUAUCGCUAAUUUUGUUGUUAUUAUUGGGAUGUUUUCGCUCCGGAGGGGCGGCGCCGCCCCGGGGGCGCGGCCGGUCCCCGCGGGGCCGCGCGGGGCGGCGCGGUGGGGCCGGGGCCGCCGGUAAGUUGGCGGCGCGGUGGCGGCGGCCCCGGGGGAGCGGGCGCCGCGCGCGCUCCCAUUGGCCGCCCCGCCGUCAGCUGCUCCUAUUUUCUGCUGUCGCUUUUGGCGCUCGGCCAUCCAGAAACAAACCACUUCGAUGACUCCUAAUAGUUAUCGCCAGAUGUACUAAUACACAACAAAUCACGGUCCGGGAGAGGGGGAGAGCAAAUGAGUUCCUAUUUCGUGAAUCCCACUUUCCCGGGGAGCCUGCCCGGGGGCCAGGACUCUUUCCUCGGGCAGAUCCCCCUUUACCCGGCGGGCUAUGAUGCUCUCAGGCAUUUUCCGGCUUCGUACGGGGCAAGCAGCCUGCAGGACAAGACUUACACCUCACCUUGUUUCUACCAACAGUCCAACACCGUCAUUGCUUGCAAUCGGGCUUCCUAUGAGUACGGAGCCUCUUGUUUUUAUUCGGACAAGGAAAUCAGUAGCGCCUCUCCCUCCGGCAGUGGCAAACAGAGGGGGCCCGGGGACUACCUGCACUUUUCUCCCGAUCAACAGUACAAAUCCAGCGGCGUCCAAGCCAAAAUUGUAAAUGACGAAGGCACCGACCGGAAGUACACGAGUCCUGUUUACCCCUGGAUGCAGCGGAUGAACUCCUGCGCUGGUACAGUAUAUGGAACUCAUGGGAGACGAGGGAGGCAAACUUACACCAGAUACCAAACGCUAGAGUUAGAGAAGGAAUUUCAUUUUAACAGAUACUUAACCCGAAGACGACGUAUUGAGAUUGCAAACGCUCUCUGCCUUACUGAACGCCAGAUUAAAAUAUGGUUUCAAAACAGGCGGAUGAAAUGGAAAAAGGAAAACAAAUUCAUAAAUUCCACACAGCCCAGCAGCGAAGAAACAGAGGAAAAGUCAGGGGAGUAGAACCACGUUUAAUAAACGCUACCAGGCCUUUCCUUAGCGCUUACUAUCACUAUUAUUAUUGUUUACCUUGUGUUCCUUCUGCUACUAAAAUCCUAUAGGUUUGUCACAGUCUAUUAAUUCCCAAAAGGCUUGGUCAGAAGAUGCACAUUUGCAAUCAUCUGUGACUUUCUUUAACAUGUGUGGAAGUCCUAGCUCUCGAGCUACAGGCAUGUAUGUAUAUAACCACCUUUCCAAAGCGUAGAUGGCGUUGCUUAAAGUAUUAGAGAAACGGCCGAGAUUUUUUAAUAUUUGAGCUGAGCAUCCAUGUGUGGGUGAGUGUCCAUGGCGUGCCUGUGUGAGAAGAGAUAAGCGAGUGAUUUUUUUUUUUUUAAAUUAGAAAUGUUCAUAUUGUAGAAAUACGAGAGAUUUUAGGAAAUCUUGGGUCUAUGUUUUUGCUAACUCCCGCUGCGUCGGGCCGUCUCGUUAUGCUGUGUUUGGGAGCUUAUGGUCUGCAGGGGAGAAAAAAAAGUUUUACGCAUGUGUAAGAUA